UCCAAUACCCAUAAAAAGGUCAAUGACCCCCAAAAGAGAGGAGAUCGAUCUAAUCAACAAGAAGAAAGAUCAAGAACAACCUCGAAGAACAUGAUCAUAACCUCGUCAUCUUCUUUACUCUGUUUCAACUAACACAGCAACAAACAAACAAACAAACCAGACUGGUUCUGCUUCUUCAUCAUGGACUCUACUUCACAGAGCAGAAGAAAAAGAACCUUGCUUAAGGUCAUCCUCCUCGGUGAUUGUGGGGUGGGAAAGACGUCUCUGAUGAAUCAAUACGUGUACAAGAAGUACAGUGAGCAUUACAAAUCCACGAUAGGGGCUGAUUUUGUUACAAAGGAACUACAAGUUGAUGACAGAACGGUAACUUUGCAGAUUUGGGACACGGCAGGGCAGGAAAAGUUUCAGAGUUUGGGAACUGCAUUUUACAGAGGAGCAGAUUGCUGUGUUCUGGUGUAUGAUGUGAAUGUGCCUAGAACCUUCGAGACACUCAACACGUGGCAUGACGAGUUCUCUAGACAGGCAGAUCUGGACAACCCCGCAGCAUUUCCCUUUGUAUUACUCGGAAACAAAAUUGACCUCACUAUCGGCCAGAAUCUAACGGUUUGCGAGGAAAAGGUUAAGGAAUGGUGUGAGAGCAGGGGAAACAUACCGCACCUCAAAACGUCUGCCAAGGAGAACUACAAUGUUGAAGACGCAUUCUUAUGCGUUGCUAAAAUUGCACUCGAAAAUGAACACCAAGAAGACAUAUAUUUUCCGGGAUUCUCCGAAUCUGUUUCAGAACCAGAACAACGUAGCUCUUGUGCCUGCUAAUGUUGGAUGCCACCUCAAAUUACUGAUGGAUGAAUCUAAAUCCACACGAUUUCUUUUAUUUUCUUUAAUGUUCAUUGGAUGUCGAGUAAAUUAGUAACAGUAAUUUUUCGCAGUUUUAAUGAGAUUACAUUUAUUUUUAAAA